GGCUCUCCAGGUCCCACGGGUGAGAACGGACCCCCAGGGGCCCCUGGGCAAGAGGGGUCCUGCUGGCUCCCCCGGCCCCGAGGGGCGUCAGGGUGAGAAAGGUGCCAAGGGAGAGCCGGGAGCCCUGGGUGCCCCUGGGCAGACGGGCGCCGUGGGGCCGCAGGGGCUGCCGGGCAAGCAGGGACCUGACGGGCUCAGGGGGCUGCCAGGCUCCGUGGGGGAACAGGGCAAACCAGGCACCAGGGGCCAGGCUGGGCCCCCAGGACCAGUGGGACCCCCGGGGCUGCCCGGCCUCAGAGGCGACGCCGGUGCCAAGGGAGAGAAGGGUCACCCCGGGCUCAUCGGCCUCAUCGGGCCCCCGGGGGAGCAGGGAGAGAAGGGAGAGAGGGGGCUGCCCGGGCCCCAGGGCUCGGCCGGGCACAAGGGAGACACCGGCAUCCCCGGUGCCACCGGCCCCAUCGGCCCCAGCGGCCCCCCCGGACUGCCCGGCCCAGCCGGCCCCAAAGGUGCCAAAGGAGCCAUGGGCCAAGCAGGACCCAAAGGGGAACGUGGACCCCCCAGGACCCCCUGGGGCACCCCGUGAGGCCCCCCCGGGGAGGUGAUCCAGCCCCUGCCCCUGCAGCUGCCCAAGAAGAGCAAACGCUCCAUCGACGGCAGCCGCCUGCUGGGGCAGCAGGAGGAGGAGGAGGAGGAGGAGGAAGGCCAGAGGGCAGCUGCUGACCAGCCCCCUCGGGACUAUGCUGAGGGCAUGGAGGAGAUUCUGGGCUCCCUCAGCUCCCUGAAGCAGGAGAUCGAGGGGCUGAGGCGGCCCCUGGGCACCCAGGAGCACCCUGCCAGGACCUGCCAGGACCUGGGGCUCAGCCAGCCUGGGCUGCCCGAUGGUGAGUACUGGAUAGACCCCAACCAGGGCUGUGCCAGGGACUCCUUCAAGGUUUACUGCAACUUCACAGCGGGAGGAGAGACCUGUGUGUUCCCCAGCGAGGCCGUGAGGGAGGUGAAGAUGUCGGCGUGGGAGGAGGAGGAGGAGGUGACCCAGCGAUGGUUCAGCAGCUUCCAGAAGGGCAGCAGGUUCUCAUACACAGACGCCUCGAGGCAGCCCCUCGGCGUGGUGCAGCUCACCUUCCUGCGGCUCCUCAGCACCUCUGCCCGCCAGAACUUCACCUACCACUGCCAGGGCUCGGUGGGCUGGCACAGCACGGCCUCUGGGGACCACCAGCGUGCCAUCAGCCUCCUGGGUGCCAACGAGGAGGAGCUGAGCCACCACAGCAGCCCCUACAUCAGAGCCCUGAGGGACGGCUGCGCGACCCGGUCAGGACCCAGCCAGACGGUGCUGGAGCUCAGCACCCCUCGCCUGGAGCAGCUCCCGCUGCUCGACCUGCGCGUCUCGGACUUCGGCGAGCCCGGCCAGCGCUUCGGCUUCGAGCUGGGCCCAGUCUGCUUCCUGGGCUAGGACCAGACCCUCAGCACCCUCCCCAGGCUGAUCCUUACCUUCCUCACGUCCUUCUGGGAGCAGCGACGUGGCAGCAGCCGCUUCCCCCCGCGCCCAGGAGCCGAGGCAGCGGCCGUGCCCCGAGCCGGGGCCUGCAGGGACACCAAAGAGACUUUUACUGCUUAGAAUAAAUCUAUAUUUU